CGCCUCUCAGGCGCGGGGGCGUGGAGGAAGGAGCCAGCACUCGCUUUUAUUGGCUCUCGCGCAGGCCCCGCCCUCCAGUCGAGGGCCCUCACGUGACGCGACGGCUGGGGCCUCCCGGCGCGGGGGACGCUAGUGGCCAAGAUGGCGGCAGAGCUGGUGGAGGCCAAAAACAUGGUGAUGAGCUUCCGAGUGUCAGACCUGCAGAUGCUGCUGGGCUUUGUAGGCCGUAGCAAGAGUGGGCUGAAGCACGAACUGGUGACCAGGGCCUUGCAACUGGUGCAGUUCGACUGCAGCCCAGAGCUUUUCAAGAAGAUCAAAGAGCUGUAUGAGACUCGCUAUGCCAAGAAAAGCACAGAGCCUGGCCCACAGGCACCACGGCCUCUGGAUCCCCUGGCACUACACUCCAUGCCCAGGACUCCCCUGUCAGGGCCCACCGUGGACUACCCCGUGCUGUACGGGAAGUACUUGAAUGGACUGGGGCGCCUGCCCACCAAGACCCUUAAGCCAGAGGUGCGCCUGGUUAAGCUGCCCUUCUUCAACAUGCUGGACGAGUUGCUGAAGCCCACUGAACUGGUCCCACAGAGCGCAGAGAAGCUGCAAGAGAGCCCGUGCAUCUUCGCGCUAACACCUCGGCAGCACCUCAUGUAUCUGUCCUCGGCCACCAACCGAAUUACCGUCACGUGGGGCAACUAUGGCAAGAGCUACUCUGUGGCUUUGUACCUGGUGCGACAGCUGACCUCCUCAGAUCUGCUACAGAGGUUGAAGACGAUCGGGGUGAAGCAUCCUGAGCUCUGCAAGGCUCUGGUCAAGGAAAAGCUUCGGCUAGACCCUGACAGCGAGAUCGCCACUACCGGAGUUCGAGUGUCCCUCAUCUGCCCACUGGUAAAGAUGCGGCUCUCGGUGCCCUGCCGUGCAGAGACCUGUGCACACCUGCAGUGCUUUGAUGCUGUGUUCUAUCUGCAAAUGAACGAGAAGAAGCCCACGUGGAUGUGCCCUGUGUGUGACAAGCCUGCAGCUUAUGACCAGCUUAUCAUAGAUGGGCUGCUGUCGAAGAUCCUGAGUGAGUGUGAGGAUGCGGAUGAGAUUGAGUUCCUGGCAGAAGAGAAAAUAAACACUUACACAGGCCGGCAGCCUGCACGCCACCUCCCGGAGCAGCCCGCAGGGCGCGGGGACCUCGGACACUGGACAGCAGCCGGCGGCUGUCCCCGCUUCCCUGCGUUGAAGCUGAGCCCUGACCCCAGAGCGCUGGCCCGGUAG